CCAUCCAAAGGGAGGCGAUACAAGAUGCGACCACGCUUUCCCGUUCCGUCCAAAGAUGGAAAGAAAUGGAACGUGGCCUUCGAUUUGAUCCCCUUUAUUAACUCGAGGGGAGCCGCACAGCGGUGAGUCCCGAACAGGGAGAAAAAGAGACGAAAGCCCGUGCUGAAAGACCCGGGCUAGAGAAACUAGGAAAACAACGCCUCCUUUUGCUUCACUCCAUCAGCCACGUGGUUCCCGGGCUCAAGAGGCUUUUUUGGAUCGCGGGAGGGUCACCUUUUUUGGGCAGCAUGAAGUUGGUUUAGGGCUCGUCCUGGUCAAUGCAGGUGUGUCUUUACACCCUUUGGAAGGCCGUGCACGAAAGAUUCGGUUCUUCCUAGGUUGAUUCGCUCUAGUUUUAGGUGAAGAGGGGGGAAGGGCAGGGAGAACCGCGCUAUACAGUGCAAGCAUGCAGGUGGAGGAUGCUGGGCUUGCUUUUGCUUUGAAAACAAACCCUAAGAAGCUCACUGCAAGUCGAGCAUCGCUGCAGUCGGAAAUCAAGGGUUUCCCCACUCUCCCACCCCCUCGCUUUCUCUCCUUGUUGGGUUAGUCUUCUGCUUGCAGGGAGCCUGGCGAGCUGCUUUUGGUAGCGCGAGCAUUGCAAAGUGUGCGCUUCCCCAUUCGUGUCCUGAAGUGGUGCAGUCCGCUCUUCCGCUGCGUUCGGAGGCAAGAGGGAAGCGCGAGAGAGACUGCAUGAAAGCGAAAGGUGAGCCGAGAGGGCCCUUCCACGGAUCCCCCCCUUGUUUUUUGAGUGGGGUGAGGGUGUUUCACUAUUUAACCCCUCUCCUCCCAGAGCCGCCUUGCUAAAAGGGUCGCGUUCGUGUCAGAGAAAGAUACGGGACGGUGAUCUGGACUCGCUUCGUUGGCCAGCCCUUGGGCUCAUGGUAGCUGGCAAUGGUCGUGAUAACCUUCAGGAGCCCUCCGUUUAUUUUGUUUUCUGCUCUCCUUGUGUAUUUCGUUGCCCUGAUUGUGUUGCAUUUUUUUCUUUUAUUAUGGCAUGGAAAAGAGGGUGUGGCAGAUUAUUAUUAUUAUCUCUUUUAUUCAUUAAACAUGAAACUAAGUCAAUUGAAUAUUUAAAAUUGUUGUUGUUGUGUAAUCUUGCCAGUAUUAUUCCUUUCCUCUCUCUCAAGAUGUGCCUGUUCUUGUGUUUAUUCCUCUGAACCAUUUCAGAUGUUUUACUUUACCUUUUUUGCCUUGUGACAGGAUCUGUAUCCCAGAAUGCUUCUCUUUCUUCAGCUCUUUUCCAAAAGCUUUGGGACGAGACCCUUCUCUUCCUCCCCUAAGUCAUGUAACUAAGAUCACCUAUCUACAUUUGAAAGAAGUUCAUCUUGUUUUCUUGUGUUUUCUUGUUUAGUUUCGUUUCCUAGUUCUUUUCCUUCCUUUCUAUUUUUAGAUUGUAAGAGCCUUGGGACAGGGAAGAGCCUCAUUCUUUAUGGAUAACCUCUACAAUGGAUUGUUGAUUUUAAAAAAAGAAUAAAUAGGAAGCAGAAUAAGACGAUAGAAGAGACUGCACCCCUGCAAAUAGGAAGCCAGCAGCGUUUUCUCUGAUGUCCUAAAUCUUUAUUUGCACUUUUUAAAGAAUGAGAUUUGUUUACAGUAUUACUGUUUGUUUUCUCUCUCAUUUGCAGCUCGUUCUUCUCCAGGUUUAGUAUUUUUGUGCUGCGAAGAAGGUAACCAGAUAAAUUCCACAUUAUUUUAUUUAAAUACUUUUGGUAUGUAGUCAGAGCACUUAAGGGAUAAAUAUUUGAUAAAUAGUUUUGAUGAAUGGCUACCACAUUGAGAAUAAUUAAAAGGCUGUAUAUGUUUAUGGUUAUCCCCCAGAAAAAUAUUUUCUAAAUAACACUGCCUUUAUGGUAAGGAUGGCAGCUGAAAAUUUUCACCUGAGAGAUAAUUAGGAAUAAAUCUUACCUAUUAAAAUCAAGUGGCAUUUUAAAAAAAGCAUAAAGAGAAUGUUGAAUUCAGUGCAUUACAUCAAAGCUAUAAUGCAAACUUCAAACAGUAACCAAGGAAAUUUGGUGGCGUAAAUUAAAGAUAAUGUUACUUUAAAAUAUUUACUUUUGGGAAACUAUAAGUUUCCCAUUUUUUCUGACAGGAGUUUGCACACACUGCCUUACAGAUUUCCCCAGCCCCUGCCAAAGUGUGGCUCCAGAGCGCUUUGAAAGAAUCUGCAGCAGAGACACAGCUGUUCCAUUGGCAGCUCCUCGGGCCACAAAAUGGCUGCACAGCAACACCCAAACAACAUGGCUGCUCUUUCAAAAGAGGUAGAGGAUGUGAGAUAUCCGUUGCAAGUCCAAAUGAAACUGGAAACUCCCUGCCAAGCAAAUGACAGUGCAAAAGAUGGAGAAGGAGAUUGCCUUGCCACCAUUCCCUCUGCAACCAGUGAAGAGUUCACAAGAGCAGUGUCCAGGGUAAAGCAGGAGCUGGCUGAAGAGCUACCGCAGAGCUGGGAGUGCCAGUGGCAAAGGGUGCUAGAGGUGGUGCCUGCUCCCUUUAUCACUCCAGUCUGGGACAGCCUGCAGUUGCCUCCUUUGACUCAAGGGGGCAGCACUGAGGCCUACCUGGCCACCUUUGAGCGUGUUGCGGAUGCUUCCCAAUGGCCACGAGAAGAGUGGGUGACUCACCUUGUGCCAGUCCUUAGUGGACAAGCUCAGCAGGCCUAUUUCAGCCUGGAUGCAAAAGACAAAGCUGAUUAUGGGAAAGUGAAGGUGGCCAUUCUGAGGCUGGAUGACUACCUCGCCCUCGAGGCACACCGCCAGCGUUUCAGGCAUUUCUGCUACCGGGCUGCCGAUGGGCCCCGGAUGGCAUGUCAACAACUGCAAGAGCUCUGUCACUGCUGGUUGAGGCCUGAAGGCCAGAGCAAGGAGCAAAUCCUGGAUCUGCUCAUCUUGGAGCAGUUCCUUGUCAUCCUUCCACAGGAAAUGCAGGACUGGAUUAGGGAGCGUGGUCCGGAGACAUGCGAUCGAGCAGUGGCCUUGGCAGAGGAGUACCUGCAGGAGCAGCAGGAGACAGAGAAGUGGGCCCAACAGGUAACUGUACCAAUUGAGAUGGUGAUAGUUAAUUCUCCCAUUGUGGAUCAGGCCCAGUCAGAAGCAAAACAUCUCUACAAAGAACAGGAUGACAAUGAAAAUAGUAUUUCUCAAGAAAGCAGUUUUGCCAGAAUGGGGGCAAAGGAUCUGCACCAAGAAGAAUUGGAGGCAGAGGAACAAGGAUGGAGGUCUCCAGAAUUUGGGGAGGUCCUAUUCCCAAAAAGCAGUGAUCUUCCCAGAAGAUCACAUGUGAGCAAGUGUGAUUCAGAAAGGCCACAGAAAGGCAGUCUUUCCACAAGAAUGAUUGAGGACGACGUGUUUGGGGGAGUCCCGACCGACCUAGAAACAAAACGACAUCUGUGUAAGGAAUGUGGGAAAAGGUUUCGGAAGAAGUGGGAUCUCAUCAGGCAUGAAAGGAUCCACACGGGAGAGAAGCCUCACCAGUGCACGUACUGUGGAAAGAGGUUCACACGGCGUUCACAUGUUGUGAAUCACCAGAGACGCCACUCAUGCCAAGGAAGAUCUUGACAAAAGGAUCUAUUGCUUCCAGUUUGGGCAACAGAUUGAGAAGCCCUAUAUGACCGGGGAAUAAAGGUAGCUCAGUUUGUGUCCUGCAGGGUUUGGAAUUUAGAUCAAGGGUAAGAGUGGGGUGGAUUAUUGACUAUUUGUUGUUUGUCCUCAUCUUGAAUAUGAUCAAAAUGUGUCUUAAGGACACACAGCUCUCAGGGGCAUCCAUUCUGUUGAGUGUACAAAGGAAAAUCUGUACAUAUUUAUGCCAUUCAGCAACGAUAGGAGAACUAAGACUCCAUCCAAGUCAAAAGACUAUUCAUCCACAUUUUACUUGAUCUGGAAUGGGAGUGAGAGAUUGCAUUCCUGGUUUUUUUUUGUUGGGUUUUUUUUUUGUAUUAUUUGGACUGUUUGCUAGCUAGAAAUGAGUAUAUCAUAAUGCCACUAAUUCAGUCCAGAAUAUAAAUGAGUGGAUGCUCCUGGGAAAAUUGCUAAUUUUGAUCAGUAUUUUUGUAUCAGCUAAAGCCUUAUGAAAUCAGAAAAAUCCUUUUCCUGCUUUGCUAUACCCAUGCCCAAAACAAAUGAUGCUCAUUAAGGAAGUAAGAUUUAAAAGGAAAACAUUUUCUAGUAAUGGAGCAGGCUGGCAAAAUGACAUUUGCCAACUAUUUGGGAAGGCAGUCCACAGAUUUAACUUCUGAAGUGAUGGAGCUCAGUGGAAAAGUGAUACUAACCAUUAACUCAGGAUAAAAGAAAUUCCAAGUUUUAAGUAAGAGGCAAGACUGAUUGCUUUUAAAUGCAAAUUUUAAUCCAGAAUAUAUUCCCAUUAUGGAGAAUUCAGUCCUUUUGCACGUCAAGCUGCCCAGAUGUACUGUUAAGGUAUACGUUUGGCUGUGCAAUUUGGGCACGGAAGGCCAGAUGGGAAAACAGGAAGCAAAGUGGGCUCAUUGUACAUUGUGCUUGCUGGGAUGGAUUUUAAUAUUGCUCUGUAGCAAGUCCUUAGGGGUGAUCAUACUUUUACUGCAAGGUUAGAAAACUGUGGCCCUCCAGUAGCUGCUGAAUACAGCUCCCAGCAUUCCUCACAACUGGCCAUGCUGGAAUAAUGUGGAGUGAAACUGACUUGGCUAUUUAAUUAUUCAUUUUUUAUUCUGUACAGUAGAAAACCAGUGCAACAUUUGUUUACAUAAUAAGUUAUUUCCCCCUUUUUACAGUCUGAAAACUGCUUAGAGACUUUUUAUUACACAAUUCAUAAAUUAAUUUUCACAAAGACAGACAUUUGUUUUAAUAUAUUGUCAAAUCAUUUUGGCUUUUCAAGCUUCUUAAGAUCCUAUUCUAACAGCAGUACAUAUAUUUCACAUGAGAAGAAAUUUUUUUACUUUUUUUCAAAGCUGGGCCCUUUUUAAAAACAGUACACCACAGAUAAAAUCUGCAGUAACUUCAAAUGCUAUGGCUUGGUCAUGUGGCCAUUAUGUGAGGAAUGAUCUUUUAUAUACUCUUCAGUUUUUAUAGCUGCCUUUUUAGCAUAUAGGAUAACUGCUAUCUUUAUAAUGCAGACUUUCAAGUUUGUUUAUUUUGUAUACUAUCAUAAUCAACAAAGACUCAUGUUAGUUAAUUUCAUUAAAAACAUAAUUCUA